GGGUGGCCUCUCGCCCUUUGUCGGGCAUUGUUUCGAGCAUUUCAUUGUCCCUCAAUUUUGCCAUAGUUGCUAUUAUUAUUGUCAUUUUGACCUCGUUGACAGCCAUUUCAUUGGCAGGACCUGUCCAUGACAUCCUCUACCAUGUCCACAGUACUACCCUCCAUCCGACCUCCUUCCGCGUCUCCUUCUCCCUCACGCUCUCCCUCUCCGUCCCCUAUCCCCACCACUAUCACCACCAGCGACUCUUUCUCAACCACCUGUCCACGUCUCCUGUUCCUCCUCUCCGAAAUCCUGCUUAUCUUUCAAAGAAUUGCCACCCUCGCCAACAUCCGCAUUCUAAUCACCACCGCCCUCACCAACCACUCCGACAUCCACAAUACCGAAGUUGCCAUCCCCGAGACCGACCCGAUAAUCCAGAACAUAACAUUCAUGAUCUGCGAUCCUAUCCCUGAACAGGAAUUCAAAACCCGAAUUCUCUGCGCCCGCGGCGACGUGUUCUUUCCAACCACAGGCGGGAUCCGAUAUGCGCACCAAGGCCGUCACCUUCAUCUCACAUUUAUCUCCUCCCAGUUCGGCCUGCCGGACCCUCAUCCGGCGCACGAAGACUGGAGCCAAUUUCCAAGUGCAGCCACAUUGAUCAGGGACCUAAAGCCGGGGACGCUACCUACUUUGGCGCCGCGGGAUCAGGUCAUCUGGCAGGUGUAUUUCUGUGGGUUGGGAGGUCAUGACAACGAUAGGAAUAAGGCAGAUGCCAAUAUUGCGUGGGAUUGUCUGGCACGGGUGGGAGGAUUGUUGCCGGUGAAAUGGGCGGAGUGGGAGGUGGACUCGCUGAUGUUAG